AUGCACAACCCGUUGGAAUCACACGACUCGGAUGGUGACGAGAAACCUUGCCAUGCUGCGGAGGCUGCCGCCCCAUUCCCAGCCGUGAGUGCUGCAGCCCAGAAGGAAAGCCAAGGCCUUCCCCGCGCCCAGCCGGCCCCGUCUUGCAAGAAGCCCUGCUGGCUCAGCCCUCCCUCCCCGCUGAGGCUGGCCGACGUGCCCGACCACAUCUCCGAUGACUCCUCCUCCGUCCACGCCAUUUCCCUGACGUCGUGUGUCACCAAGGGCAUGAGCACCUGGUCCCUGCCCGGGGACUGCGAGAAGGCUCCCUUCACCAUCAUGGAGCCCGGGAGCAUGUCCGCACUCACCGGCGACUGCCUGAUGCAGCCCAGCCGGACUUGCCUGGGCUGCUUCAUCGAAUCCAAGGACGGCAUUGACGCAGAGCCCGGAAUCAGCCUGAAAGUGGGGGACAUAAAUCGAGAUUAUGACACCUGUUCGGUCUCCGAUAUUGGCAUUCACUGCAUGAGCACGGGAGAAACCAUGAGAUACGGGGAUCAACUGCUUUCAGACCAGCUUUUAAGCUUCCCUGUGCAUAAAUCGAGAGCGGCAGACAAAAGAGAUGCGGAGAAAUCCGACAGUGAUUCCGAGGACCCCGCUCAGAAAAAUUAUUACGAGGGAUUACUCUUAGACAAGUGCAAUGGGGAGGAACCUUUACUCACAAAUCCCAACCAGGAAUGGGGUUAUUUUGAAUCUUUCAUUAGUGAAAGCAAAAUUGAACUGCUUGACCUCUGCUCCAAAAACGAGCUGUCUGUCAAUCUGUUUUCAGAGGAAGACGUGGAUAAUUACAUGUUUGACGACGACGAUUCCACGCUGGGGAGUGACGUCUGCUCCCUCAAGAUCCGCUACGAGUCCUUCCAGGACAACGUGAGGGAGAAGACGGGCGGCCUGCAAGAGGACACCCAGUUCAACUUCUUCCCGAGCGUCUUCAGCGGCUGCUCCAAGCGUGAAGGCCGGGCGGCCUUGAAGAGGGGCCCUCGGGGGGCCACGGAGAGCUCCCAGUUCAAGUCUGAGGAGAGCAUCGUUUGGGGGGAAGAGGAGGCCGAGGGAGAGCGGGGAGAGGAGGAGGAGGAAGAGGAGGCCGAGGGGGAGAAAGUUGCCUUAAACAAAUCUUGCACCAGUACCGAGGUCGUACAAUACAUUGGUCCCAAAAGAAAUCACUUCUUGGAACUUGUGAACUCCACCGAAGACUCCGGGGAGUUCAGUGACGACAGCACAUGCACUGAAUCGUCCUUUGAUGUCCUUCAAGACCUCAAGGACUGCAACAAGUAUUUGCCCAGAGACCACUCCAGUUCCUCUAUACAACAGAACUACGGCCUGCGAGCGAAAAGGAAAGUGCGCUACAGCGACGACUACUUGUACGACGUCGAUUCCAUCGAGAGCGAGAAGAUCGUGGACAAGAAAGAGUGGAAUCCCGACGGGCCCAAGGAGGAAGACGACGACGAGUGGUGCCCAAAGAAAAGGCGAAAAGUCUCCCGCAAGGAACCGCCGGUCAUCAUAAAGUAUAUCAUCAUCAACCGUUUCAAAGGGGAGAAGCACAUGCUCGUGAAGCUAAGCAAAGUGGAUUCCAGCGAGACCAGUGUGACCUUGAGCGAGGAACUCUUGAGCAAGUACGCCAAGCUGGCUCCCCUGAAGGCAUUUUGGCAAGAGAGGUGGCAGAGCCGCCUCAAUUUCCUCAGGUCGGCACUGUAUCGCAAGCAGGGCUUCUAUCUCAACGGCUCGGAGGUCUCCUUCUUGCCUCACCCGCGAAAGCGCAAGUGCAAAUUAGCCAACCGGCACCGGAUCCAGCGAAUCAAGGCCAUCGAGCAACCAGUGGGCAAGCUGUCGUCACUGAACUCUUUGGAGCCAAAGCAGCUAUGUCACCGGAUCGGAGCUGGCGAAGAGGCGGGCCUGAAAGAGAUGCAAGCGUUGGCCAUCACAACCUCGGCUUGUGCAAACGGGCUGCGCCUGAACGACAUCGUCGCCCUGGGCUCGCCCAAGUGCAAAUUGCAGGACAGGGACUUCAAGGGGCCGGACAGGAAGGUCCUGCGCAGAAUCAAGUUCAAAAGCGAGGCCAGGUUGAAAUGCAAGCGCAUCAAGGCGGCCGCCAGCCUGGCAGAGGCCUCCCCAGCCUUGGAGAAUCAGGAGCAUGCCACGAGUUCAAAGGAAAAGAGUGUUCCUUGCGCCGCAGACGGCUCUCGCCUUUCCGAGUGCCAGGAGGAUAAGGUUGCUAAAAAUUCUCCGUCAUUCCUACCCACCACCUGCUCUUCAGACAAGCCUCCUCCAUCUGCUGCUCUUGCUGCCAGCGUGCCCCUCAUCCCCGGAGGGUAUCUGCAGACGUUGUUAGAUGCCUCCGAUUUGUCAAGCGGUGCCGGCAUCGCCUACUUCAGUUCCCAGCCCCCUGAGCGGCAGCAGGAGCCGCUCCCCAGCCUUGCUCAAGCAGAGAAAUCCUUCUGUGCUCUGCAGCCGGCCCAGAGCUGCAUCCUCUCCCCGCCAUCUGAAUCGGAGCUUCAACAGUCACCAAGCCACUUGGAAAUGGAGCCAAGCAACUUUGGGAGCCUGUGGCCAGCCAACAAAUCAAUUGGCAACGACAGUCAAGACUUCGCAAGCGACAGCCUGUCGACGACGGCAGAGUUUGUUGGCGGCACGGGUGCAGAUAGCCUCCCGGCCCCUGGGUAUGGUCAGGUGGAUCACAGUAACAGCAAGUUACUAUACCAAAAAAAAUACCUGCCGGAUAGCCAGCAAUCUCAGUCUGACGACUCCUUCCAGUCGUGUCAUUUUAGCAACAGAGAGGGACCUUUCCAUUUCCAGCGAGGUACACUAAGUACAGAUGAUGGGAGGCUGGUUAGUUUUGACUCGGUGGGCUCUUUGUCCGUUAGUUCUAGCAAUUAUAGCUCCCUAAGUUUAAAGUCCUGUGAAAAGGAUGGGGAGGAUGAUAUCGCUGAUGAUUUCCUGGCCCACUGCAGCCCCAAACUGGUCAUCCAGCAAAGCAUAGAUGAAAUCACGCCUUUGAAGGAGUCCACCGACCUUUUAGAUAUUUCUAACUUCACCCCCGAUAAGUUCCGCCAGUCCUCCCUUUCCGAAAUGUCUCCCCCAGAUACCCCCAACCUUUCCCCGCAGAUAACGGGGCCGGAAACCAAACCGGUCGGGAAUGUGAAAUGUUUCCCCGAUAGUUCCCAAGCCGUGCUAAGCAACCUUGAGAAGGCCAAGUGGAGCUGCGGGGUCCUCCAGACCCAAGACCAGGCUGAUAACGGAUUCACUUUAAACAAUCACCAGUUCCAGUUCCAUAUGUUCAACGACGAGGAUUCUGUCAGCCUCCUCGAAAAAAGCCCGUGCUUGUCAACAUUUAAUGAGCCAUCUGGUCAAAUUAGCGCCAAUAGCAAAGUGUCAAAAUCAAAGAAGAAGGGUUCAAUGAAUAAAAACGUGGGCACGAACCAAAGCCUUCCUCAGAAAAACGUUCGGAAAAAAUCGCCCAAAACCAGCAAAGGGACUGAAAAGCCGCCAGGGAAAAACUCCCGGCAAUCUCCGAAAACAACGAGGAGAGGCAAAAACGCGGCCGGGGCGAAUGGCGAAAAGGGCCCAGGCGUCGGAGGGAGAGCGGCGGCUCCGUUGAACGGUCCGGCGAAAGCCUUGGCCGAGUCCGUCCGGCACUGCGGCCCAAGCUCCGUCCGGCUGGGGAAGCAUAACGGACUACCUGGGGAGUGGGCUCUGGGGAAGGACGGCAGCAGCGGAGGCUGGUCCGAAAGCAGCAUCGGAAAUGCGAAUAGCCUCCUUGAUGACGAUCAAAGGGAAUUCGAGGAGCCGUCCAACAUUUUAUCAAACAUUGCAUCUGGCAUGGCAGAUGUUCAGAGAUUUAUGAUGGCCUCCAUCGAACCCUUGUGGGGCCCCGUGGGCCAUAACAACGUCUCGGAUAUAUUCCGGUCGCCGGAAUCCAACAGCCUGAAAUUGAAAACUCUUAAGAUCCUAGCCGGGACGUCCCAAGACUCCAAGAAAAAGGCGAACGGCGGUUCGACGGGAAAGGGUCACAAGUCGGGCGCCAAGGGCUUGGGCAAAGCCGGCGGCCGGUGCGACGCGGGGCGCCCCAACUGCUCGGCCGGAUACGCCGCCACGGACCUCCACCCGCCCUUUUUUGAUAAAAGCUACAGUAACCUGAGCACUUUAGCCAAAAACGAGCCUACCCAUAAAAAGCUGUACCGGCAUAAAUCCACGUCUAAGUCCUUGAGGGAUGAGAACUGUAAAGGGAAGCGAGCGGAGCGGGAUCAGGCCCAUAAGGAGCCCUCUGUGACAGCUGCGUUUGAGAAACUGAGGGAAACAGACUACAUUCUCCUUAAAGCAGAAACAGCCUUUUUGAUUUUACCCGUAUUUGAAGAAGAGACACCUGUUUCUAAAAAGACAUUUGAUGUUUGCUUGGGUUCUUCUUUCCUUCCCCCAUAUUUUUCGUUUGGCCCCUUUUUUCACUCAAAAAGGAAACAAAAAACAAUAUUAACAAUGCCUUGUAAUAUGUCGAAGUGUUAAGUGCUGGAAUCAAAAGUUUGGGACUUUUUUGGAAACAAAACUAACAUGGUUUAUUCCCCGUGUUUCGAGGGAAAAAAACGAGUCGUACUGUUGUACAGAUGCACUAUGAUCCACAACAGCCACACAAAUUGUGCCAAACUCCGAACAAGUGUUGUACUGUACAUAUUUUUACAUCGAAAUGGGUUGUGAGUGUGUUUUCUGGAGUUUUGUUUGCCUUUUUUUUCCCUUCUGGUUUUUUUUUUUAAUUUACUGGAAACAUUCCAGCGAUAACAAUGAGCCACCCCUGCCCUUGAAAUCAACGAUCUCAGUCGCAUCAUGUCGAAUGCACCAAAAGUUUUAUGGACAUCACUAAAAUAUAUGUGCCAAAUUGACUUACCUCAUCUCAUAGGUUUUGCCCUGUGGUUUACAACUCGACAAGAGCCAGGGGUUUUCUCGCUUGGGGGGGCGGGUUGGGGAAGGACUUUCAACAUGGGAACUGGGAGGGAGAAAUCACAAUCCGUCCUGGAAACAUUAAAAUCCAACCUUUUAUGGAAGGGUUUCAGAUCUCAAACUCUUUCUCACACAAGGUAAGUUUACUAGAUUGGAAACUCAAGCAAGUGUGAUUUCCUGUUCCAAUUUCAAGCUUUUGCUAAAAAAAAAAAAUUCGAAAUUGUUCGGUCGGUCCUUUGUAUCAGUUUUCUAUAUUUUGUAAUGCAAUUCUGAGCGUAGUGAGAAAAUCCAGGGCCGAGGCGUUCCAUAGACACUGUGUCGUCUUAUCACUCUGAGCCAUUUUGUACCCAUUUUUACGCUUCUCCCGGUGGAAAAGCUCACGGAUCCAAACUUUGGUGUUUUCUAAAUGUUUUAAACCUUUGCAGUGACAAUAUUAGCCGAUGGUUUGUAACAAAACAAAACAAGGUGUAUUGUCGAAGGCUUUCAUGGCCGGAAUCACUGGGUUGUUGUAGGUUUUUUCGGGCUAUAUGGCCAUGGUC